AUGCUGCGCCGUCUGCUACUCACAGCUCUCGUUCUCUCUGCCCCCAUCCGUGCGGCCCAGCCGUCUGCUCCUCGACCGGUCCCCGCGCCUAUCAGAGACUUGAAAUGGGGUCAGCUGAAUUUCCUCCAUACUACAGAUACCCAUGGCUGGUUAGGCGGUCAUUUGCAAGAGUAUGGCUUUCUACCCUCGUACUCGGCCGACUGGGGUGACUAUGUCUCGUUUGCGACCCGCAUGCGCGAGAAGGCCGAAUCCCAGGGCUGGGAUCUUCUCGUGAUAGAUACCGGUGAUCGCGUUGAAGGCAAUGGUCUCUACGACUCGUCGGAACCAAAAGGCAUCUACCUUUCGGAGAUUCUCAAGCAGCAACAUAUUGACCUGAUCUGCUCGGGGAAUCAUGAACUAUAUAAACAGAACACAUCCGAGGCAGAGUUCCUUACCACAGUACCCAACUUCCGGGGAAAUUAUAUUGCGUCAAAUAUCGACAUCAUAGAUCCAAAAUCCCAGGAGCUCGUGCCCUUGGCUCCUCGAUUCAAGAAAUUCACCACCAAGAAUCAGGGGAUCCGCAUCGUCGCGUUUGGGUUCUUGUUCGAUUUUACUAGAAACAAUAACAACACCGUGGUUCAGCCAGUGGAGGAGACUGUUAAGGAGUCCUGGUUCCAGGAAGCUAUCCGGGACAAGGACGUCGACCUGUUCGUGGUGAUUGGGCACGUUCCCGUUCAAUCCAAGGAGUACAACACCAUCUUCAGGGAGAUCAGAAGCAUCCGGUGGGACACGCCCAUCCAAUUCUUCGGCGGUCACUGGCAUAUCCGAGACUAUGUUAGAUACGACUCCAAAGCCUACGGCCUUGCUAGUGGCCGUUUCAUGGAGACCAUUGGCUUCAUGUCUAUUGACGGCCUGAGGACUGAUGGUCAGCACGUUCCCAACACUCUCACGUUCAACCGAAGGUAUAUCGAUAACAAUCUGUUCUCAUUCUACCAUCACACAGGCCUCAACGAGAGUACAUUUCCAACAGAGCAUGGGAAAAAUGUUUCUCGACUAAUCCAGCAUGCCAGGCAUGCUCUUGGCCUGGACCAUGUCCACGGUUGCGCGCCCAGGGAUCUGUGGAUGACUCGCGCCCCAUACGGCAGUGAGGAUAGCAUCUAUACCUGGUUAGAGGAUCAGGUGCUGCCUGAUUCACUUAGAGAGGAGUCGCGGAGCAACAAAUCCGCAUUGGCAGUUGUCAACACCGGAGCCAUCCGAUUUGAUAUCUUCAAGGGACCCUUCACGCAAGACACAACCUUCAUCGUAUCUCCCUUUACAAGUGGAUUCCGAUACAUCAAGGAUGUUCCGAUCGAGACAGCCAGAAGGGUUGUUGAGGUCUUGAAUAAGCAGCCUCAGAUCCUGACCGAAUCAUUGCCGAAUUCUCAUCGCAGCUUUCCGUUGACCCCGCCAGAGCAGAUGGCUCAUCCUUUCGACGUGAUCCCAGAAAGUCACCCGACUUCGCAUCAUGACUUGAUGGGCAUGCAGGACCAGAUUCUCCUCUCCGCUGACGACCAACCAAAGCUAAAACUCACACCAGGCUAUACGACUGUUGACCAAGGGGGCAAGGACGGCGAUGACACAAUUCAUUCUCCAAUUCCAUUCUAUCGGGUGCCAAACUGUAUACAAACCUUGAUUCAACCCGAAACUUCUCCGGAUGAAGUUCUGCCUGGUCGAACCACUACGGAUCCAGACACGGUGGAUCUAGUUUACGUGGAUUUCAUUGAGCCCUACGUGGCCUUGGCGGCCAAGUUUUCCGGUCUCGAUGUUGAUUUCGAGAGCGACUCUGAUACCUACAUGAAGGGAACGACUCUGACCAGUCUCAUCCUGAACUGGGUCAAGGAACACUGGAAAUGUGAUGAUGACGAUGUCAAUGUGAACUACUAG